AUGUCCAAGACUGCUACUGGAUUACCACCUGGAUGGGCCAUUCGUGUUUCUCGUACGCACAACAAAGAAUAUUUCUUAAACCAAGCUACGUCUGAAUCUACUUGGGAAGCACCAUUUGGAAGUGAUGAUGCUAAGUUGGCUGAAUAUUUGAAGCAUUUCAGAGCCAAUGGCAACAAGCCUGUUGUUCAGGACGACGGCAAGGUGCGUGUAUCUCAUUUAUUGAUAAAGAAUGUUCAAUCCAGAAAGCCCAGAUCGUGGAAGUCGCCUGAUGGUAUUACCUUGAGUCGCGACGAAGCCAUUCUGAUCUUGAAGAAGCACCAAGCUAGAAUCUUGAAUGGUGAGAUCAAGUUGAGUGAAUUGGCCGAGACUGAAAGCGACUGUUCUUCGCAUUCACAAGGUGGAGACUUGGGAUUCUUUGGCAAGGGCCAGAUGCAACCUAAGUUCGAAGAGGCUGCCUACGGCUUGAAUGUUGGUGAAAUCAGUGACAUUAUUGAGACCGACUCUGGAGUACAUAUUUUACAGAGAACGGGAUGAGAAACAACACGAAAAUUACAAGCAGAGAAAGGAAUUGACGGGAGAGUCCUGAAUCGAAAGAUUUGGUUGUCACCAUAAUAUAGUAUAAAAGUAUUGACAUUUACAAUGUAAGUUUUUAGCAG